AUUGCAGCGCAGGCAAAGUCCUUCUGGAAGUUGCACACUGCUGUUGCUGUGUUUGCACCUGUCAGUAGCAUAGCUGAGCUAACCAUGGCAGGCAAGAGGGCUUUAGUAAUCCUAUCUAAAGGUGCAGAGGAGAUGGAGACUGUGAUUCCUGUGGACGUCAUGCGCAGAGCUGGGAUUGCAGUGACCGUUGCAGGACUGACAGGCAAAGAGCCAGUCCAGUGCAGCAGAAAUGUCGUCAUCUGUCCUGAUGCUAGCCUGGAAGAAGCCAGCAAGCAGGGCCCAUAUGAUGUGGUUCUUCUGCCAGGAGGAAUGCCAGGGGCCCAGAAUCUGGCAGAGUCUCCUGCUGUGAAAGAGGUGCUGAAGGAUCAAGAUGGCAGAAAGGGUCUGAUUGCAGCCAUCUGUGCAGGUCCCACUGCUCUUCUUGCACAUGGCAUUGGGUUUGGCAGCACAGUCACUACACAUCCCGGCAUGAAGGAGAAGAUGAUGGCUGGAGACCACUAUAAAUAUUCAGAGGCUCGAGUACAGAAGGAUGGACAUUACAUCACCAGCCGUGGGCCAGGAACCAGUUUUGAGUUUGCCCUGACGAUUGUAGAGGAACUUAUGGGGCCUGAGGUUGCAGCUCAAGUCAAGGCUCCUCUUAUGUUAAAAGACUGACUGUAGCCACGUUCACUUACAUACUGCUAGCAGCACUUCCUGCUAUGUAAGUGUGGCACUACUGAAGACAGCUGAUACAACGUAGCUGACAUGAAAAGUCAAAGUCACUAGUGACAAAUCAUCCUCCUGAGGGAAUGUUUCUGUUUGGACAGGUUAUCGUCUUCCCUUUGUCUCUCUUAGCUGGCAGUAAAAGGCACCUCUUUGUCAUUCAAUACUGAAACACAUCCUGGAUAAUCAUCACAGAGGCUUUAAAAACUAGGAGAAAUUGAUUGGCUUGCAUUGUAGUUUUUCACACAAACUUCUUGCUCUUGUUUUGACAAUUUUGUUGUUUCACAUUAAAAGAUAAUUAUGAGGAAA